AUGGAUCAGGUCUUAUUUUUUGGCCAGAAUAUCAGGGAUGCUCAUAACUUGAGUCCCACCAAUCAUACAAUUGCUGCCUUUCUGGAUCUAUCUAAGGCCUUUGAUAGGGUCUGGAAGAACAAGCUUAUUUGCAAACUUCAUACUAUUUUCAAUAUAAGUGGGAAGAUGCUGCCUUGGCUGGCUGAUUUCCUAAGAGCUAGAUAUAUACGCGUGAAAUUUAGAGACAUCAUUUCAAGCAAAGUCAGACUAAGUCAAGGUAUACCACAAGGAUCUGUACUCAGCCCCACCCUGUUCUCCUUAUUUAUAACCGGAAUCGAGAUUGGGGAUAAUACUAAGAAAUGUACAGGACUGUAUGCUGAUGAUAUAAUUAUCUGGAGCACCAGCGGAAGUCUAACUACUGCUCAAGAGGACAUCAACUAUUCUCUCGUUGAACUCGAGAAGUUUGCUAUAGAGCACAAAAUUAUAUUCAAUCCUUCUAAGUCUGUUGCAAAUCCCUUGUCCGACCUGUUCGCUGUGGCAGAAGUGAAAAAGGCUCUGAGGAAUGCGGAGAACUCUGCGCCAGGUCCAGAUCGCCUAACGUACCAACACUGGAAGAGUGCUGACCCAGACGCAGUCGUCCUGACUGAGAUCUUCAACACCUGCCUUCGUCUCGGCCGGAUCCCGACGUGCUGGAAGGAUUCUACAACCAUUCUUAUCCCUAAAGGUGGAGAUGCCGCAGACCCGCGGAACUGGAGGCCUAUAGCCCUGUCCCAGACAUCGUACAAGUUGUUCACUAAGUGCAUCACGGCUCGCCUGACCUCCUGGUGCGCCUCGAAUGAAGUCCUUUCGCCGUGCCAAAAAGGUUUCACCCCCCAUGACGGGGUCCUUGAUCACAACUUUGUUCUGGAAAGUAGUCUGUCAAGGGCACGUAGGGCAAAGUCUGAACUUUGCGUGGCUUGGUUGGAUGUGUCCAACGCGUUCGGCUCCCUAUCCCACAAUGCCAUCUUCAAAGCAGUUGAAGCAAGCGGCGCUGGGCCUACUCUCUUGCGUCUGGUGAAGGACAUCUACUCCGACUGCUCAACGAGAUUCCUCUCUACUGAAGGCGUGACUGAUGCCGUGCGGAUUUCCGCGGGGGUUAAACAGGGCUGUCCCCUCAGCGGCAUGCUCUUCAACCUUGCCCUGGACCCAGCCAUCCGUCGGAUUCAAGGUGAUUGCAGCUCCCACCGCAUUUUGGCCUUUGCCGAUGAUCUGGUUCUGCUGGAUGAGGAUCCUGCCCGUCUACAAGCUUCACUCUCGUCGCUUAGUGAGGACCUGAAGAAGAUUGGCCUCCAACUCAGCGUGGGCAAGUCAGCGACCUUGCACUUCUCUGGUGCUACGCCUGUCGGUGCGAGGGCAACUGCCUUUAAACUGGACAACCAGCCUAUCAGGAGCCUUAAGGAAAGCGAUUUCCAGCAUUUUUUGGGGAAACCCGUUGGUUUCAACUUGGUGCCGGACUUUUCCUCCCUCAACGAAGCCAUCAACAUCGGCCAGAAAAUCUGCUCCUCCAAGCUUGCCCCUUGGCAGCGCAUCGACGCCAUGAAAUCCUUCUUCUUCCCGUCCUUGCAGUUUGCCAUGAGAAUGGGCACGUUCCCAAAAGAAGCCUGGACCAAGAUCGACCAGCACUUCAGGAAACCCCUCAAGGACACCCUCAGCCUCCCGUCCCGGGCCUCCAAUGAUUACCUGUAUGGCCACAGGAAGUCUGGCUGUCUAGGAAUCCCCCUACUCGCCGAGGACUCGGACUUGCAUCUGGUAGAUUCGGCAUUUAAAUUGCUGACCUCCCUCGACUCUGCCGUUGCCGACCUUGCGCUCCAGGACCUGAAGGAUGCCGUCCAAAAAAGAGCCCGUUCUCCUCCAACCCUUGAGCUCCUUGGAGAAUACCUUUCAGGUUCAAUGGAUGGUCCUUUCCGGAAAACGUCUAACGACGUCUCGAACCUCUGGGCAAGGACUCGCUGUGCAUCGCGUCGCAUCGGAAUCACCUGGUCGUUCCCAGAUGGAGUUCCAGAGAUCACUUUCCGUGGAUCAACCUUGAGGAAGCUUGACCGCAGAAGGGUCCUCAAAGUCACCAGAGAUAUGACCCGCAAGGAACAUGCAGCGAAGCUUCUCGCCUGUCCCAACCAGGGUAAAGUUCUGGAGUGUGUGGCCGCAUCUCCAGCCAGCUCCCACUUCUUCCCCAAUGGAGCCUACACCAGGUUCGCGGAUUGGAGAUUUGUCCACCGUGCCCGGCUGAACCUGCUGCCCUUAAAUGCUGCAAAGCCAUGGAAGCGAGGAGCUGACUCCGGCUGCAGAAGGUGCCCUGGGACUCAGGAAACACUUCCGCACGUCCUGGAGCACUGCAUGAGGAACAGCGCGGCCUACCAAAGGAGACACAACGCCAUCGUCGACCGCAUCAAGAAGGCUGCCGCCACAAGAUUCACCAUCCUUGGCGAGAACCAGCAAGUGGACCCCUCCAAUCUUCGCCCGGACCUGGUCCUUCAGAAGGGCUCGACCGUUCUCAUCUUAGAUGUCACCAUCCCUUUCGAGAAUCGUCUUGCAGCUUUUGAAACUGCCCGUCAAGCCAAGCUCCAGAAGUACCAGCCCACAGCGGAAUUUUUCAAGUCUUCUUUUGCCAAUGUGCAAAUUGUUCCCGUCCUUGUCGGCGCACUGGGUACUUGGGACCCCAAAAACGACAAGUGCCUCCAAUCGCUGUGUUCUCGGUCCUACCUCAAGUUAAUGAGGAAACUCUGUGUCAGUGACACAAUCUCGUGGUCACGUGACAUCUACACGGAACACAUCACUAACGUCCGCCAGUACGGAUCUGCCGCUGCCGCUGUCACCACCGCUGCCGCUUAG